CGAUGAUGAUGAUGAUGAUGAUGGUGACAAUGAUGGUAACUACGUCAUCACACGCUCAGCCAAUACAAGGACCGUAUCACUAUCCGCCCAUGCCAUAUGAAUUCCGAUACGGUGUCCGAGACGACUACUAUGGCAACGACUUCGGCCACGAGGAGGAGAGUAACGGAGAGGCUGUGAGGGGUCGUUAUUACGUCCUGUUGCCCGAUGGUCGUCGCCAGGUCGUCACCUACGUCGCUGACCACCAGCGAGGAUAUAUUGCCACAAUUAGUUACGAAAAUGUCGCUGUCCAUCCUCAUACCAGCGGUAACAGAUACGGAUAAGGCAUUCGCACGUCGUUUUUUCCCGCCAUUUUGCGGCAAUCUGGUUAUUGUUUUUUGUUAUUGUGCCAUUCAAGUCUGUAGUUUAUUCACCUUUGUAUUUCUUAAGUUCACAAGACAUGUAAUAAAAGCUUCCAUGUCUCUAGUCCGCCAAUUGUUGUGAUGUAUUGAGAAAAUAUAUAGCUUUGUUUA